UCAAGAUCAUGGUGUUGUGAUGUUUCAACCUGCAAAAAAAAACUUUUGUAUUUUGUGUUGACUGUAAGUUCCCGUAAACUCUGAACUUUUCAAAAUGAAGAGUGCGUUACACCUCUGCAGGAAUAAAAGUAAAGGUUUAGCAGUCCAGAGAAGGAUGUCACCAGUCUCAGGUCAACACACAAUGAAGGCUUCAACCACGGCAGACAGAAGGCCAACAGAUACUAGUACUUGUAGUAUCAGUGGAGGAAGUAGCCCUACAUGCAUGCCAAAUGUACAACACCUCUGUAGAGAUGGGGGCAACACAGUGGCUUACAGACAAACUAAUGGAAACACACCAGGAGUAUUAUUCUUGCCAGGCUUCAUGUCGAAUAUGAAUGGUGGCAAGGCGGUAGCUCUGGAGAGAUUCUGUACAAAAGCAGGCCUAGCGUACAUGAGGUUUGACUACCAGGGAUGUGGUGCAUCCAAGGGCAGCCUUAAGCCUGGUAUUGACGCUUUUGAUGUCUGGCGAUGGGAUGCGUUAGCAGUCCUCGAUCAGCUUACAUCAGGUCCCCAGAUUCUUGUUGGGUCCAGCAUGGGUGGGGCGUUGAUGCUAUUGCUGGCUCUUGAAAGACCAAAGAGAAUACAGGCUUUAAUCGGGCUGGCAACGGCUGUCAACUUUACAAAACAACUCAACGACAGCGACCUCAGUAAGAAGCAGGUUACUUCUGACGGGACGAACAUUACACCGAAAGAUUUCAUUAACAAGAAGUAUUGGCGUUGCUUGAAAUAUGAUAGCCUAGCGGUACACUGCCCAAUCCGGCUACUUCAUGGCAUGCAAGAUGAGACAGUUCCCUUCAUGACGUCCUUAGAUGUCGCACAGAGAGUGGAAAGUAAGGACGUUGAUGUCAUACUCAGAAAAAGCGGUGAUCAUCGCUUGUCACAAGAGGGCGACAUACGCUUGCUCACGAAAACACUUGAAUCACUGAUUGUGUGAUGUGUCGGUGUGAUCCUUGGUUGA